CUCUGGUCGAGAAACCACCUAUCCUCUUUGUCGAAAAUGAAGCAAAUAUCAGUAACGCCUUUGCAAUCCAGAAAUCCAGAGCCGAUUAGCCCUCCUGCACACUGGGUUGGCAAUCCACCGUCCUCAUUCAAGAAUCCCUGGCCCAGCUUCGCCAAACAACAUGGUCUCGCAGAUGUUUUGAAAACCCGGUUCAGCACAAAUCGUAACUUCGUCCCGGUGCCCGAAACCAGAGACGAAUUGGUCAGAGUCAGAAAACCAGAUUGGGGCAGAAGUCUACCUGACUGGCAGCAAGGUCUAAAAGCAACGUGGCUGGGUCACGCUGGAUUCCUGGUAGAGACUGCAUGCUCAGCCUCCACGACGCGAGUUGGUUCUUCGGCCGAAGGUGAACAGGAAGCAAGAGGCAUUCGCAUUCUGUUCGAUGCUGUUUUUAGCGAAAGGACUAGUCCGGUUGGGUUUUUUGGACCUAAACGUUAUACGCCUACGCCAUGCGAGUUGUCCGAGUUGCCGGAUGUCGAUUUGGUUGUGAUAUCCCAUAAUCACUACGAUCACUUGGACAUUGCCACAAUCACUCAUGUUUACAAGAGGCAAAAGGCAGCAGGUAAAGACAUUCACUUCUUCGCAGCGCUCGGGAAUAAGCAAUGGUUCUUGAAUGCCGGUAUUGGCAUCACCGCAGACGAGGUCACAGAAUGCGAUUGGUGGGAUAGUCAAAAGAUUGACAUUGAGGGUGUUGGCAGCAUCGACCUCACAUGCACACCAACUCAGCACUUCUCCGGACGCACGCCAUUCGACGCCGGCCAUACCCUAUGGUCUUCAUGGGUAGUAGAAGACCCACAGUCCAACAAGAAACUCUAUUUCUCAGGCGACACAGCCUACAAAGCCACCACUGCGGCGACAGCCUGUCCAGUCUUCAAGCAGAUAGGCGAGAUAUUUGGAGGAUUUGAUCUGUCCAUGGUGCCUAUAGGGCUAUACUCCCCGGAGUGGUUCAUGUCAAAUGUCCACUGUCAUCCGGAACAGAGUCUCGAGAUCCACAAGGAUAUCCGAAGCAGGAAGACUAUUGGCAUGCACUAUGGCACGGUCAGAGGAGGACUUUCUGCUCAGUAUGAAGAUGUCAGGGAGCCACCACAGCGAUGGCAGGCGUGCUGUGAGAAAGAAGGAAGAUGGGGUACUGAAUGCGGGUUAUGUGAUGUGGGCGAGACUGUACUGGCUGCUUGAAUAUAGUGUGAACCCAGUGGCCGAGGAAGCUGAGCCUUGCCUAUAUCCCAUUCAGGGAGCUGAUAACAGGUAGUUGUAUAGAGACAUGAUGAACUCAAGAACCAGAGCGAAAUGGAUGAUA